AUGCUCCUAACAGUAGGACGUUUUGUGCUUCUAGCACUAACAGAUGCAGCAAUGUUACCAGCUCUAAACGUUAUGAAGCGUAAUCGACGUCAUUUUGAACUGUUUGUCGGUAUAUUACAGCUUGUAACUUCCUUCUUCUUUAAUGCUGCUGAGGCUUUUAAUACUCAGUUAUUUCUUACCGAGAUUAAAUGGCAUUUUAUCUCAGAUGUCGUGUCUUUGGCGUAUUUCUUACUCCUUUGUGUCCAUUUGAUGGGAUAUAAAGAUGAGAAUCACAAUAUUAUACUACGUUAUGUGGCAUUUUCAUGUGCUUGGAUCUUUAAAACCAAGGAUGGAUGGAAUUAUAUUGCUUGUGAAGAAAUGCUCGUCGUUUGUUAUCUUUUUGGAGUUCUCUACCGUCGAGGAUGUACACGAGCCAAUGAUAUCUCUCCUUUUAAUAAACAAUAUGGUGUGAAUGCAAUGUUAUGUCUUGUUGGAGCGGCUUGUAUGUGGUUUACGUCAAUCUAUUUUGACCAAGAUGAGGACCAUAUGGCGUGGGGGGUUGCUGAAGGUUUAAUGCACAUGCUAGCAGGGGCUGCAUUUUACUAUGCGUGGCUCACGGUGCCGUGUUUAGACUCGAAGAAGGACGAUCUCAUUCCGAUGCAGAGUUCGUACGUCUAA